AUGGACGGGUGGGAGCUCAGGCUGCAGAGCAAGGACUGUUCCAAGUUCAAAGCACAGAUUUCACAUUGUUGCAAGAGGAGCCCUCAAAUUGUUGAUUUGACCCCUGGAGCUCCUUACAACCAGCAGUAUACCAAUUGCUGCAAGGGCGGCAUGUUGGCGUCAUGGGGGCAGGAUCCCUCUGCCGCAGUCUCAGCCUUUCAUAUGGGUGUUGUGACAUGGAACGUGACGAGCACAUAUUCGCAGUUUCUGGCAUCAAAGAACCCAACCUGUUGCGUCUCCUUGUCAUCUUUCUACAAAACAGCCACUCCUUGCCCAACUUGCUCGUGGAUUAACCACACGGAUUGGACGUUGGUGGUGCAGCAUCCCAACCUCAGCAACAUCACCCAGGUGUUUAGCUUUGAAUACAAGUCCCUCAUUCCUUACCAAUCCGAUAGUGAGUAUUUCUUCACACCAACUUAA